AUGGGCAGCGUCAAGAGGGUUUUCGCCUCUGAGUCGCCUCGCAACCACUGGGGCCGAGAUCUUUGUGGGCUCGAGGGUAGUUGGAUGGGCUCGAGGGCUCGAUCUGAGACCAUAGAGGGGGGAGGGGCGAUGGGUUCAUCAAGUUUCGAUUAUGCCGGUGAGACACAGAAUCUCGAGACCGGGUUCGAGAGAUGGACCAGCGAUGGCUUUAUCAGCUUCCGAUCACUAUUCAAACUUCCAGAUGUCGUGCCGUUAAGAUCUGGAGAGGCCAUUGGCGGAAGCAGGCGGUGGUGGAAGGUGGUCAUGUUGUACCGCGGUGAGGCUUUUCCGGUGGGGACAGCUCUGGUGCUCACGUCGACAUAA